CAAUCACAACGCAGCUGAACAGGACGCUCCCGGUACACACACGUGGUCGGCUUACGUACGCCGUUUUACGCUAUUGCUCCUCUACCAGCAAUCGCAGUCGAUUGCAGUGCAGGACGGUGAUCAUCGAGAUCCGCGUCAGUAUCUAGAAACGCGUUGCAGGACAACAACAUCCAGCAAGUCCUGGCAAUCGUGCUCAACUGCGCGCCGGUGAAGAUCCAUUUUCAACGACAUCAAGUCGACAUUUCCUCGUUCUUGUGUACCCGAUAUGGCAGAUAUGCCAGCGAAUGUGGGUAUCACGCGGAAAAUGUCUUUCGGUAUCAAUGGCAAGCUCAACGGCGUUGAAAGCAAGACACCCUUCCUGAUAGGUGUCUCCGGCGGUACUGCAAGUGGAAAGUCUACAGUAUGCAAGCGUAUAAUGGAAAAAUUAGGACAAGUCGACAUGGAUCAUCAACAGCGUCGGGUAGUCUGUAUAUCACAAGAUAGCUUCUAUCGUGACUUGACACCUGCUGAGAAAGUGAAAGCUGAGAAGGGACAGUAUAAUUUUGAUCAUCCUGAUGCCUUUGAUGAUGAUCUAAUCUUACAAACGCUGCAGGAUAUUCUUGCUGGUGUCAAAUGUGAGAUACCUGCUUAUGAUUACAGGACAAACAGUUUAAUGAAAGAUCAAGUUACCACAAUAUAUCCUGCGGAUGUGGUACUGUUUGAAGGAAUACUGGUAUUUUAUUUUCCCAAAAUUCGGGAUUUGUUUCACAUGAAAUUGUUUGUGGAUACUGAUUCUGAUACCAGACUUGCAAGGAGAGUGCCAAGAGAUAUAAAAGAACGUGGAAGGGAUUUAGAUUAUGUCCUGAAUCAAUAUAUGAACUUUGUAAAACCAGCUUUUGAAGAAUUUUGUUUGCCAACAAAAAAGUUUGCAGAUGUUAUAAUACCAAGGGGAGCAGACAACACAGUGGCAAUAGAUCUAAUAGUGCACCACAUCUGGGAUAUUAUGCGUUUGAAAAACGCCGAAAACUCAGCCGGGCAGCAUCCAUUCUUCCACCAGCGUAGGCGUACUUCGGCCUCAUCCGACACGCUCAGCAGAUGACUUAAGCAUGAUAAGCUCACUCUGUCAAGCACUGCAUUUUUUUCUAAAUCACGCUCCUAUGUAUGACUGAAUUCUAUGAGACAUUUUCCAAUCCCUUUUUCUAAUAAUAAACGGAAAAGUAAUGUCCGUUUUUGAAUGCAGGAUUACUCAUCUUUAUAUCAUCAAUAUAUCAAUUGGCAGUAACUUAAAAGAGAUUAAGACAUAUACAACAUAAAUAGAAUGUUGAUUAAAAGAAAAAAACAAAUAGAUGUGAUAAAUACUUUUGCUAUGAUAUUUGUCUAAUUAGAUUAGAACAACUUCUACCAAUAAUCAUAUAAAAUAUUGAACUUUUAUAUGAGACUUGAUAUUUACUAAUGUCUAGAAUUUUUAUUUUUACUGUGAUACACAAACGUUAGAUUGUGAUCAAUUAAAUAUAACAUGUCUUUAACAAUUUUAAUUUUAUAUGAUGAAAACGGACAUUGUUUAUUCGCCAAUUAUGUAUUAUGUUUCUUUGACGGAUUAUAUCUUACACUUACAUGGCGGAGAAAUGGUG